GCGGUGAACAGUGGUGAAUUGUUCAAGAUGUGCCCUGCCUUCAUUUACUAAUUGCUGGGAUAGGCUCCAACAACACCGGGAUUCCAAAAGGGAUUAGAAAAUAAAUAGAUGCACGGAAAAUUAAAACAAACGGUGGUGUAGAUAGUGGUCAACCUCUGAUCCCAGGUUUGGUUCCAGCCCUGCCUGUCCAUGUGUUGGUGUCUUUGAGGACACCUGCGCCCUUGCUGGUGCAUCAGGAAUCCUGCACACCUGCGGAGACUAAACCGCUGAGGCGAGAGGAUGCACUGCGGGAACCAGCCAGCGGAGGACGACAGAGAGACAAAUCCAUUCAUAUGUACAUGCACGCUCAUAGAUGCGUCGUCGGAGUGUUGAUCAAUUAUUUGACCUUUUAUCAGUACGUGUUUUUUCACCGCGGCACGUGUCCUCUUGAGUCGUUCUGUUAGAACAGAACCGAGCAGAGUGCAGGCAUGAUGCCGGCCUGCAGGGGGCGUGCUGGGACCCGCUGGGACUGACUUUCCAGCUAAAGCGAGAACAAAAUCUUAUCUUCAAAAUGAAAAAGAACCGAACCGGAAGUCAGAGCAGAGCCUGGAGCAGCUUUGCCUCUAUCGGCCGGAGCGCCGUUCAUGUUGAGAGAAGCCUGUCACGUGACAGUGACAGGUCACACAGACAUUCAUGUGGGUGCGCCUGCGCUGCAGCUCCAUCCUCUCGGUUUGUAGUGGGUGGGGGGACUUGCUCAGAACCGAGCCGCGGGUCUCCCUCGUCCCCUGACUGAUGCCGGGGCGGUGCGGCUGAGUCCGGAUCGAGCAGCUGUGUCUCCAGCGUCCUGCCGCGCGCCAUGGAGCGCCCCUGAUCCACCGAUCUGCGCCGACACUCGGAGAGCUGACCAUGACUGCGCGGGAGAAGGGGAUGCUCACCAAAGACAGCGUCAGCCUGCUGCCAUGUUUCUAUUUUGUGGAGCUGCCGAUCCUUGUAUCGUCAGUGGUCAGUCUUUACUUCCUGGAAUGGACGGACGUGUUCAAGCCAGUUCAGUCUGGCUACAACUGUCAUGACCGCAGCCUGAGCUUACCCUACAUUGACCCUCACCAUGAGGCCAUCCCUCUCCUGAUGCUGCUGAGCCUGGCCUUUGCUGGACCAGCCAUCACAAUAAUGGUUGGAGAGGCCAUCCUGUUCUGCUGCCUGUCACAGAAGAAGAGCAGCGCCACGGUGGAAGCCAACAUCAAUGCUGCCGGAUGCAACUUCAACUCCUUCAUGCGCAGAGCCAUCCGCUUUGUCGGUGUUCAUGCCUUUGGACUUUGUGCCACAGCUCUGAUAACAGACAUCCUCCAGCUGAUGACUGGCUACCCGGCACCUUACUUCCUCACUGUGUGCAAGCCCAACUACACCACUCUGAGCCUCAGCUGUGAGCAGAACCCCUUCAUCAUGGAGGACAUCUGCUCUGGAGCAGAUCCUAAAGCUAUCACCCAAGGCAGAAAGUCUUUUCCAUCGCAGCAUGCGACCCUUGCCUCCUUUGCUGCUGUCUAUGUUUCGAUGUACUUCAACAGCACACUCACAGACUCUUCCAAGCUGCUCAAACCGCUGCUGGUCUUCUCCUUCGUCAUGAGCGCCAUCAUCUGUGGUUUGACCAGAAUUAUUCAGUACAAGAACCAUGCAGUAGAUGUCUACCUGGGGUUUCUUAUUGGUGGUGCAAUUGCUGUGUACCUGGGUCUGUAUGCAGUUGGAAAUUUUCAGUCUAGUGAAGAGGCCAGCAGCACCCCCCCUCUGCUUGUACAUCAAGGCUCUUGCUCCAUGCCCCAUGUAGGCCAGGAGCCCAUUCUCCAUCACCUCCAGGUCAAAGCUGGCAUGGUGGGUGAGCCGGGCAUGCCCACCUCCCACUCUGAAGGUCUGCUCCACCAAAGCCUUCACCAGAGAGCCGAUGAAAGCCUGAAACGCUCCAGUGCAGACGUCGAGGUUAUCUCCCCCUGCAACCCUCAUAACAAAGAUGCUAUAAUGACUUUUAGCCACACCCUCCCACGCGUUCACACCCCUCAAGCCAUCUCAAUGUACGAGGAAGCUGCCAGACGUCACGUCGCAACACUUCACCAUGCUUCAAUGGACUCCAGCCGCUCAAAACAACUCCUGUCUCAGUGGAAGAGUAAGAAUAACAACCACAAGUGCUCCAUGCUGGUGUCAGAGUCUUUUUCCUCCUCUGUGGACUCUGCAUCGGGCCAGUCCCAGCAUGCACACCACCACGGCAGCAUGGAGUUCCGAUCCAGCUCCGAACCGUCUGCUGUGAGCCUAAACGGAGGUCUGGACAGCCACGCAUACAUGUCCAGCCUGCCCCCAGGCACGAGUAGCACUCUGCCCACUAACUGCAGUGGCAUAGCUGGAGGAACCAGGAUAUCCAUGCAGUCCAGACCGGGCUCCUCACAGCUGGUCCACAUACCAGAGGAGGCUCAUGAGAACUACAGCAGCACCUCCCAGAAAACAUCAGGAGAUGGGGGUAGUGAGAGAAUGCCAAUGGUAAAUAGCACGGCUCAAGCUAACUGGCAAAGGGCAGCAGAUAUGGCAGCAGUGUGCAGGACUAACGGAAACAUGCCAAACAGCCAGCCACGAAUCAUGCAGGUGAUUGCCAUGUCCAAGCAGCAGGGGCUUCUGCAAACCCACUCCAAAAGCUUAGAUGAGAGCAGCAUUGGUGGAAGCAAGAAUGGAAGCAGCCAGGGUGCUCCUCAUUGCAGGGCACCUGUUGAUCAAGACCUCAGCAGCAACCCAGCCUGCAGUUCACUGAGCAGUACCUCACGCAGCAUUUCAGGGAGCACCGGAGCCAUUGUGAGGGUAGAGGCCCACCCUGAAAACAGCAAACCAGUGAUUCAACCUCCAUCUACAGACGGCAGCGGGUCAUGGCGAUGGCGUUCCCUGGAUCAUGGCACUGGAGCUGGUGGAACCACAGGGAGCGCUGCUGCAGGUCUGAGACAGUCCUUUGAGCACAGUGAUCAGAACGUAGACUCAGAGAGUUCAGACUCAAUACGUGAAGGGUCAAUCGAUAGGAAGAGAUGCAAUCACAUCAUCACCACGGCUUCCACUGUGGGAAGCACACCUGGAGUGACUGUCCACACCCAGAGCACCAGCACCAGCCAGCCAGAGCAGAGACUCAACCCACAGAGUCUUUCUACCAUACGCGUCACUCCAGGAGACGGAGGAGGCUCUGCUUCCGGAGGAGGUGGGGAGACCGCCUCAGAAACCCACUCAGUUGCUUCCAGUCGAGAGUCCACACUGCGAAGAAAAGGUAACAGCAGGAUCAUGGUUCCAGAAAGAGCCAACAGCCCCGACAUUGCUCGCAAUGUUUUCUACAAGGGAACAUCCAUGACUCCUGCAUUCAAAGAGUAAAGUCUGCAGAGACCUGGUAGUCCGAUCACGAUGUAGCCAAAAACAUCGGACCGUUUCUCUGAGGAGAGACCGCUCAGAGCCAGCUAACAUUGUAAAUGAUCAGAGUACACAAGUUAUGAGGUUUCCCAUAGCAUGAUUUUGUACUAGUUUACACUAAAGCACAGACAUUUAAGUCUUGUAGAAGUUAUCACUGUGUGCUUGUGGUCACGCCCAAAAACCCGUGUUGAUGUUGAGUCUGUGCCUGUAGUUUUUACUGGAGGCAGACGUUUAUUUACAGUCAUGCUGGUUCAAUAAAUAAUGAUUAUAUAAAUAUGUUAAAAUAAAUAUAUAUCUAAACAUAUAGACAGAGUUUCUCUAUCUAGAAGAAUCAUAACAGUUCAAUCUAAACUGAGCUCAUUACUAUGUAACAGCAGAGAGCAGUGUUACUUCUUAGCAUUGUAAGUGGUGUGUAUACCUAAAGGUGGUGCUACACUGUUUAGUAAAACCCAGAACAAUUCUAUCAUUGUAAAAUGAAAAAGUAUUUUGUAAAAACCUAGAACUAUGACAUUCAGAUUUUUUCUAUUUUCCACGUUUUCUGCUCAGAAACUUCAAAUUCAACAGAAAACCGUCUGAACCGAAGUGUGCUUAGCCUCCCUCCUGUAGCUAUGAAAGCAAAUAUGCUGCGACUUGCACUGAAACAAAUGUUUACUCUGUGUGAGGUACACCAAAAUCCUCAAUCUGUGUUGCUCUGAAAUACAUAGAGAUACACAUAUUUCCAGCACAAAUGGGAGAAACAGCUCAAACUGACAUAUCAUUACUUGGGGAUACAAUUGUCACAGCUCUGACAGGAGGUGUCAGGGACUCUUUGAUUUGGUUAGACCAAAAAUGUGCAAAAAAAGAAGCUUAACUCACAGAUAAAGGAAGUCUAAUGAGGAAAAUAAAAAGUGUUUUAUAUUUGCCACUGUGAUCUGACUUGUAGCACAAUGUUGUCUGCAGUUUUGUUUAAGAUGUGAAUUAUUUGAUAGAGGGUGGAAUGUAGCUGACACCCUGCCAUGGUUAGCUGUCAUCAGUCGCUAAAUAUCACCCCAGCACAGAACCCAGCCGGCUGGCGCCCAGUACAGACCAUCUGAUGGGAGUCAGCAGGGUUGCACACAUUCACCUGCUGGCAUCAGCAGCCUAAACAUCAUUUGAACAAGUCAAAGAUAAGAUUUCCUCAUUUUUCCUAAACCCAAAGAAUAAAAGUUGGACAACAUAAACUCAAGUAAAGUAGAAGACUGCUUUGAAUAUCUUCACCUCAUCUGAUGUCCAGGUAUUUCCUAAAUUGUGUUUUUUUAAUAAAUACAUGAAAUAGUUUCUUUGAAAAUGUAGCACAGUUUGCUUUGUAGUUUAGUGCUAACUUGACUUCUGGCAGCCGACCUGAACAGCUGCUUUUGUAGCAUUUUUAUCAGCAUCACGUCAUGAAAUCGUAAUACCUCAGUGGAAUAGUCUGGGCUGUAUUUGUGGUUCUGAUGAGGAGAAGAUUUAUCUCCCUUUUCACUUGCAUGAGCUGAGCCAGCAGCGAAGUCGGGCUGUGAUUUCCUUCUGUGCCAUUAACCAGCAGCUUUUUACUGUGAGUGUUCGUUGUUUCACCGUUUCUGGUUUUCAGAGCUGAAUGGAGACAUUCUGGAAGAGUUUCAGGCAUCAAGUCUGAAGAGCUGGGCUGUUUUUAUUCCAGUUCAGAAGAAUAUGUUUUCAUGUUGCAGAAUAAAAAUGUUGAAAUACUUGAAAUUUUGGCCCACGUGCUACUGUAGCCACCGUUUCAAUAACAGUGUGACUAUCUGUGAAGAUUUCCAAAGCCAGGAGUUUUGGCUCAAACAGUUCUGUACAUGAUAUAAAUUUUGCUUUGUGUUCAACAUGAUUUAGCAUUCCCAGAUGAAGUUGCAUGUUUCACAGUGUGUUAUAAUGAUGACUUUAUAAAGCAUUAUGCAAUUUUUAAUGUGUUUUUGUGCGUGUGAGUAUUUCAUAGUGUAACAAUAUUUUAAUGAACGUACUGUUUUACUUUAUGUCAUCACAACACAGGUUUUCUCUUAUUGCUUUCUACUACCGGUCAUUCUGUCUUCAGUUACUUGAAAAGUGACCAUAGUGUUUUGUGAAAACACCCGAAAAUGUAAAGAGAACCUGGGACCAGAUAACUGAUGCUUUCUCACAAAAGAUGGAAGAGUGUGUUAGAAGUGUGGCAUCACUUUAAGAAUUCUGUUACUGAAUUUGACCCAUUUGCACUUGCAUUGUGCUGUUGGUGUUCAUGUUUUUAUUCCAUUUUGGACUGUAGCAUAUUUCACAAACAUUCUGAAUGAAAGUUUUUCUAAAGUAUCCUUUGACAUUUAAAACAGAAGCUUUCAUGCGUUUUCAAUGUAGACGGUCUUAAACAUAACCUUGGCUACGAAGCAGAUGCUGAGAAGCUUUAGGAACAUCAAAUUGAAAGUUUGAACAUUUUUCCUUUAUUCUAAACAAUGAAACAGCUUCCCUUAAAAAGCAUCUUUCCAAUGGGACGCCAUAGUUAACUACAGCUCUCCAUCUCCAGAAACAAGCACAAUCCUGAUCAGAUUCCCCCAGAAGAUCCAGAGAGAUACAGAUUCCAUUAGUCACACAUGUUAACAAUCACACGAUGCCUGCAUCAGACGUCUCCAACAUUGGUCCACACUGGAACCCAGUCUAAUCAAACCUACAUUUCCCAUUUCAGCUGUACAUUGAUUUGAGUUCAUAUUUGCAAGAACAAUCAUUUGUUGUCUUCAACUGGUAAUCAACAAAUCCUAUGAGCUAAUCUUCAGUCAGCCUUCAGUGGGGGUGGGGGGUUCUGACUCAGCUUCAGUCCCACUAAAUCAAAGAUCAAAAUAUAUAUUCAGACUGUUUUUUUAAAAACACUUCUGCCAACCCUCAAAUACUAAUGACAGCUUGAACAUUUCGACAAAAAUGUUAAAACUGUCAAAUGUGUAAAAGAGCAGCAGCCUCUGAUGUGUGAAACGACCUGGAUUCUUGAGUCUGUUUUGACAUGAUGUCCUUUAAACGAAGGCCUUAAAACUGUGCCGAUUGACUUUUCAACAGUAAUGCUGUCUUGAUAAGCUGGCCACAGCAGUGAUGUGCGUUCAGGGGUGUCGAUGCAGUUCCAGCAGCUCAGAGCAUUCAGAUGAGCUGCUGCUAAAACACCAGAAAUCACACAAACCCUCCAGAUUUCAGUCGUCACUUUUAGAUGUUAAUGUUGAUGUUAAUGACUUCAUAAGUUGUGUACUAUGUUCAAAGUUACCUCAGCCACAUUUCUUCUCCAUUCUGAUGCUCAUUUAACCUUCAGAAGCCAAUCUUCUCCAUGUCUGCAUGACAAACGGCCCUGAGCCUCUGACGGCUGCUUUGGUAUUUGAUGUGUUUCUCAGAGUCCAUGUUGACAGUGUAUAAAUGUUCAAAUCCAUAAAAAAAAAAAAACUAAAUGUAAACUCUGUCAAAGGACGGAUUGUCUGGAAGGUUUUUCUAACACAAGACCCUGAAGUGGCAGACCCAAUGAGUAGAAGUGAGCAGACGGUCAUGCAUGAGUGCAGUGGCAUCCCCGACCAUAAUAAAUGUUUUCUGAUAAUGUGAUCAGCUGUUUCUAUUCUAUGCAUCCUGAAAAUCAAAACAUAUCUUUGCUGUCAUGUGAAGGAAAAGCGAAAUGUUCUUCUGGUUUUAUAACCUGAUUUGAUAAAAUACAAACCAUUUUAAAGCAACUGAAACUCAUGGCACUCAAGUUUGAUCCAGCAAGUCCACCACAUCUGUCAAAGUUAUGUUAAACAUAUGAAAUAUUGGAAUAAAUGUUUGCUAUAAAUACC